AAUGCAUAAAUAUACGACUCCCGAUACCAACCAAAUUCCCCUACCACCAAGCCGCUUUAUAAGGUUUUUCUACUCCACAACUUCCUCUACAAUUAUCACUUCUGAUGAGUAAACCAUAAUUGGCCCUAGAGAUUCCCAAAAAAUUCAUAAAAGAAUCAGAAAAUCUUCCAUUCACAUCCUUUUACAUUUUUGCAGUCAACAGAGACUCCAUACCUUUGCAACAAAAGGAAGCUUAUUUUUUAUUGUCACUUGAUAAGUAUUUGGUGUUGGAAUUUGAUCAACAAAGAAGCAGCCAUGACUACUGCUAUUUCAAGCAGAAGUCCAAAUCCCACUAGGCUUGAGGGGAAAUUUAUGGGUAUGCUUGUUUGUUGGAUUCUGGGACUUGGUUCACUUGUUGCUUGGAAUAGUCUGCUGAGCAUUGGUGAUUACUACUAUGCACUGUAUCCAAAUUAUCAUCCUUCAAGGGUUCUCACCCUAGUCUAUCAGCCGUUUGCACUUGGAACAAUGGCACUUCUUGCAUAUAAUGAGGCAAAAGUUGAUACAAGAAUGCGCAACUUAGCUGGAUAUACUCUUUUCACCUUAAGCACAUUUUCACUCAUAGUGCUGGAUUUGGCGACGUCUGGUAAAGGUGGACUUGGAAAUUACAUUGCUGUAUGUGCUAUAGUAGGUACAUUUGGAGUUGCAGAUGCUCAUGUUCAAGGUGGAAUGGUUGGAGAUUUAUCUUUCAUGUGCCCUGAGUUCAUCCAAUCAUUUUUAGCUGGUCUUGCUGCAUCUGGAGCUCUCACCUCUUGUUUAAGGCUACUGACCAAAGCAGCUUUUGAAAACAGUAGCAACGGUCUACGAAAAGGAGUUAUGUUGUUUCUUGCCAUCUCCACAUUCUUUGAAUUUCUAUGCAUCCUUCUAUAUGCAUUCAUCUUCCCUAAGCUACCAAUUGUGAAGCACUAUCGCACAAAGGCAGCUGGAGAAGGAUCAACAACUGUUGCAGCAGACUUAGCUGCUGCAGGCAUCCAAACUCAACCAAUCGAAAAGGCCGGUGAUGAUGCUAAGCAAUUACAACGUCUGAGUACCAAACAAUUAUUUUUCCAGAACAUUGAUUAUGCAUUGGACUUAUACUUGAUAUAUGUCCUCACUUUAUCAAUUUUCCCCGGAUUCUUAUAUGAGAAUACUGGUACCCACAAAUUGGGCUCAUGGUAUGCUCUAGUUUUGAUAGCAAUGUACAAUGUUUGGGAUUUGAUAGCAAGAUACAUUCCAUUGAUCGAGAAAAUCAAGCUUAAAUCACGAAAGGGCCUGAUGAUCGCGACACUCUCUCGUUUCUUGCUUAUCCCUUGUUUCUACUUCACAGCAAAAUAUGGCGAUCAAGGCUGGAUGAUAUUUCUCGUAUCCUUCUUGGGACUCACAAAUGGUUAUCUCACUGUUUGUGUCAUGACAGUUGCUCCUCAAGGAUACAAGGGGCCUGAGCAAAAUGCAUUGGGCAACAUACUAGUGCUAUUUCUACUAUGUGGAAUAUUUUCUGGUGUUUCUUUAGAUUGGUUGUGGAUUAUUGGUAACGGGAAAUUUUGAGGACUCAAGAUGGUAUGGUUUGACAGAACAAUAGCUAACAUUGUUAUUUAGUGGAAAUGAUCGUAUACUUCUGGCUUUGAAAUCUGCAUUUCUUUCCUUUCUUCAUAUCAGGUUUCAGCUUUUAGGAACAAUUAGUGGAGUAUAGGGAAUGAUGAAAUUAUUUCCCAUAUGUGAUGACUAAACUACUUUGUGGAGAUUACCUGAGCCUCUGCAUUGCAAAAUAAUUGGACUUCUAAGAACCAACCAGUUGCAUGUAUAGUCAACUAAUUUUUGUUCAGUUAUUUUCAUUGUUUUACAAUUGAAAUUUUUUACAUAGACGAGCUACCAUUGAAGCCCGCAGUAGGAUGUAUAUUCCGGACGUUUUGUCGUGUAUGCUACUAGAAAAAAUAUUAUCUGACCAAUGAUUUUUUCAAUAUUUAGAUUUUCAUUUUUUUUUUCUUUUCGAUCCCUUCUUUCAUAACUAGAACCCGGACAAGGAAGAGAUAAGAUGGCACUAUAGAAAAUAUGUUCAGAAAUUCAUAAUAGAGUCCAUAAU